AUGUACUUAAACUUUCAAGGUACUGCCUGUGCCGAAGCGAAUGUAAGUAUCACCACAGAUUCAAUAACGCAUGCACCAACUACUGCAACACCUGAAACAAUCAUCAACUACCGCUUACCAUCAAACACCAAACCAUAUCACUAUAAUAUCGACCUACAACCCAAUAUGUAUGAUGAUUCCCCGGAUAAGUUUACUUUCAAUGGGAGUGUUAUGAUUUGGAUUAAAUGCCUUGAAGAAUCUGCAGAGAUAACUCUCCACGUUGACCGUUAUGAAGUAAACGAAUCAUCCAUCGUGGUAUCUCAUCUGAAUGACAACGAGAAUCUUUACGUUCGGCACACCAAUGAUUCUGUAAGACAAUUUCUGGUGUUGCAUUUAACUAAGAAUAUGACUGCUGGUGAGAAUUAUACAAUAUAUAUGACAUUUGCUGGACCCUUGAUUGGUGGUGGUGCCGGUCUGUAUCUUAGUUCAUAUACAGAUAAUGGGAAGACAAUAUAUCUGGCCACAACACAAUUCGAAGCGCCCCAUGCAAGAAAAGCAUUUCCAUGUUAUGAUGAACCUGCAUUGAAAGCGACUUUCAAUACAACAUUACGACAUAAAUUGAACACGGGACGUGAUUAUAUAACUGAAGAAGGCGAGUAUGGGGUUGAUGUUUAUUCUACUACAGUCAUCAUGCCCACUUACCUUCUAGCUUUUAUUAUUUGUGAUUAUGAAUACGUGGAAGGUAUAUCAGCCAAAACUCAAAUACCGUACCGAACCUAUGCCAGACCAAACGCUAUACAAUACGCAAACAGAUCUCAGGAACAUGGUAUUAAGAUAUUUGAUAAAUAUGAAUCUUACUUUACACCUAGUUAUUCACUUCCUAAAAUAGACAAUAUAGCUAUUCCUGAUUUUAAUGCUGGUGCCAUGGAGAAUUGGGGAUUAAUCACCUAUAGAGAGGGUCUUUUGUAUUAUCCUGGUGAAUCUGAAGCCUCGACAGAAAAAUGGAUUGCAGAAGUUAUUUCUCAUGAGGUUGCCCACCAGUGGUUUGGUAAUUUGGUAUCUCCAAAAUGGUGGAAGUGGUUAUGGUUAAAUGAAGCAUUUGCAUCUUUCUGGGAUUACCACAUUGUUGGUGAAAUAUACCCUAGUUGGAGAUCGGUAACUAUAUUUAAUCUGAAUGCUUUAGAGAAACAUGGUAUAUUUGUUACCGAUGCUCUGAGGACGUCACAUCCAUUAACACAUGACGUAGAAAGUAAUACAGAAAUCGGAUCUAUUUUUGAUGGCAUUACUUACACUAAAGGUUCACAAAUAAUACGAAUGAUGCACUUUAUUAUGGGCCAAGAUUUAUUCAUAAAAGCUCUAAAUAAUUACCUUCAUGCAUACCAAUACUCAGUAGCUGAACAUUAUGAUUUAUUCGAUAAACUAACAGAGACAGCUAUUGCUGAAGGUUAUCCAGAUCUGAAUAUGACUAAACUGAUGGACCCAUGGGUAACACAAGCUAACUACCCAGUGGUCAAUGUGGCUAUAGAAGGUGGCCGAUAUCGCCUUACACAAAAACGAUUUCUGAUUGGCACCACUGAUCAAGAAGCUGAAAAUGAUACAGCUUUAUAUGACUACAAAUGGCCUAUACCGAUCACAUAUACCACUAACAAAGACCAAAACUUUACCGAAGAUAGAGCUAAUGUUAUUAUGAUGAAUGGUAAUGGCGAUCCAGAAUAUAUUAAUGUAGAUCCUUCUGAUACGGAAUGGAUUAUUCUUAAUCUUCAACAGCAUGGUUUCUAUAGAGUGAAUUAUGAGGAAUCAAAUUGGAGAGCCCUGAUAAAUCAAUUAAAAACAGAUCAUACUGUUAUAAGUAACAUCAACAAAGCCCAGAUCAUCAACGAUGCUGCUAAUAAUGCCAAAGCUGGACUGUUGGAUCCUCUCAUUGCUUUAGAGACGUUAGAAUAUCUUGUUGAUGAGACGGAUUAUCUACCUUGGAGAGCCUUUUCUAGAGAAAUGAAUUAUGUUGAAUCAAUGUUACUGAGGACAGAAUUGUACAGCAGUUUUAGUGUAAGUUAUAUCUUCUUCUUUUGUUUGUUACAUGCCGUGCUGGCAACAACUGAACACACAGGUACGGGUCCGGACACGAUAUUUGCUGUCACAACCUUGGCUUCUUAUGCCUGUAAUCAUGAUGUAAGUGAAUGUGUGGAUAAUGCUACAUCAUUGUUUAAUGAGUGGAUGACCAGUGGAACAGAUAAUACCAACCCCAAUCUGAGAAAUAUAUUCUACUGUACCGCAGUUAAAGAAGGUCGAUUUGCAGAAUGGGAAUUUGCAUAUGAAGAAUACAAGAAGUCAGAGUCCACUUCCAAGAAAAAUGCCUUAAGACAUGCCUUGUCUUGUACAACAGAAGUCUCCCUAUUACAUCGGUAUGACGAAUUAAUGCUAAAUAUGGCUCUGGAUCCCGAUGAGGUUCGAUCACAAGAUGCAAGAACGACAAUCCAGUAUGUUGCUAGUAAUCCCAUUGGUGUUGACAUUACUUGGAAUUUCUUUAAGGACAAAUUCAGCACUCUUGAAACAAGCUUGGGAUCGAUGAACAGCUUAUCGAGAUUGUUGUCAUCAGUAACUGAAACAUUCAAUACACAAUAUUACCUGGAUGAGUUACAAGCAAUGGUAGAUAACAAGGAAGUGGGGAAUUAUGAAUCAGCAUUUAAAGGAGCUAUAGAGACAACGAAAGCCAAUAUAGAAUGGUUGGCGGAUAAUUACGAAAUAUAUAAAACAUGGCUUUUAUCUUGA